AUGGAUUCUAGACCCCAUCUGAUAUUUGAUUCCUCUUUGUCGUCCACUCGCGCACGGCUACUCGUGUUGGGCGAUGGGAACUCCAUCUUCCGAGGGUUGAGGUCGGCGGAGGAGCAUGGUGCCACCAAGAGGCUGUUCUUCACAUAACCGGAUGAUUUAGAGGAGGAAUACUACGAGGAGCAGCUGUCGGAGAAGAAGCGCCGCCUAACGCCAGAUCAGGUAAAUUUAUUGGAACGUAGCUUUGAGGAGGAGAACAAGUUGGAGCCGGAGCGAAAGAGCGAACUGGCUCGAAAGCUAGGCAUGCAACCGAGGCAAGUUGUAGUGUGGUUCCUUGCAAGGUGGAAGAACAAGCAACUUGAGCAGGAUUUUGAUCGGCUCAAGUCCUCAUAUGAGUCACUCCUUGCUGAUCAUGCUGCCCUCUUCAAGGACAACGAGGGAUUGCGGUUGGAGGUGAAAUAUUCUGGGGUGAUGAAGACUCUUCGAAUCUUCAUUUCCUUCUGAAACUUAUAGUUUUAAGCAUCUUACAUUUCCAUUAACUUCCAUAAAUGGUUAACGCUAAAAGGUAUGUUUG